CAAGAACUAAACAACAACUUAGCUACAAUGCUACAAAGCAUUCAGUUGUUUGUUGUAUUUGGUGAUAAUUCUAUUUUUGUAAAAAAAUAUAUUGAUUACAUAGCAGUGUAAAAGAAAAAUGUUAUUAAAAUUAUAGAAGUAAGAGGCCUUUACCGCAGUAAAACAUGUGCGAUUCUCCCCCACUCAUCUCAAAUUUCGUCUCUCGCCACCUUCGCCAACCAAUAAAAUUUAAAACGUAAAUUCCGGAAAACCAACCUUCAUAAUUUUGACAGCUCUAAAGUUACGUGUCAAAAUUAUAUUACAUAUUUAAAUAUUUUUUAUAAUACAAUUUAUUUAUGUUCGUCCAUUAACUAAUCGACCGUUGUUCCCAUGUCCAGAAAAAGAAUAAAAAAUAAAUUAGAAGAGAUGACUACCACAAUACAUUCACAGACGCAGAUGCCUCGAUUAUCAUCAACUUUUGGACCGGCGCCGUUUAGCGAUGACAAAGAAGCAAUGAGGAUUCGUGAUCUAUGCGACUAUUCACAAAAAAUAACCUAUGAAAUGGCAAAUAGUGGAAAAGCUCCUAGGCCAGUAAGGGUAUAUUCCGAUGGAAUCUACGAUUUAUUCCACCAAGGACAUGCAAGACAAUUAUUGCAAGCUAAAAAUGUUUUUCCUAACGUUUAUCUCAUAGUUGGUGUAUGUAGCGAUUCCUUAACGCACAGUAAAAAGGGUCGUACGGUAAUGAACGAAGAGGAGCGAUAUGAAGCUCUCAGGCACUGCCGUUAUGUCGACGAAAUAGUCAGAAAUGCCCCUUGGGAAUUGUUUGAUGAAUACGUGGAACAACAUAAAAUCGACUUCAUCGCUCACGAUGACAUUCCUUACGGUUCGGAUAGUAGUAAUGAUAUUUAUGCCCCUUGGAAAGCAAAGGGAAUGUUUGUGGCGACUGAACGAACUGAAGGAGUUUCCACAUCAGAUAUUGUAGCAAGGAUAGUCAGAGAUUAUGAUAUUUAUGUUAGAAGAAAUUUAGCAAGAGGAUAUUCUGCCAAAGAUUUAAAUAUUUCUUACCUUAGUGAAAAAAAGAUUAGGUUACAAAAUAAGAUGCAUGAAUUGAAAGAUAAAGGAAGGCGAGUUAUAGGCACAAUAGGCGAACGCAAGGACGACAUGAUUGCGAAAUGGGAAGAAAAAUCUAGAGAAUUUAUCGAAAAUUUCUUGUUGCUCUUCGGUAGAGAAAGGCUGUCAAAUAUUUGGAACGAGAGCAAAGGAAAAAUCCUAAGUGCUUUGAGCCCUCCGGGUUCGCCCCAACGACCAGGCAGUCCAUCUUCGAGUACAGAAGAUUUAGAUUUACUCUCUGAAGACGGUAUGCCACCAUUCAAGUCGCCCAGAUUCGAAUCUCCAUCCCCCUCCUCGUCGUCUACGUCGAAAAACUUCUUUAGUGUCGAAGAUUAUAGUGAUGAAGAGGACUUUUCAUUGCCAAUGAAGAAUGGAAAAUUAUAAUGAACGAUGGUAACUUUGUUGUUUGAAAUUGUUAGUGCUUAAUAAUACAAAGCAAUGUUAUUUAUGUUAUAAAUAAUAACGAAAGAUAAAUUAUUGAAGUGUAACUAUUUUAUUAUAGCACAAUUUUUAUUUAUUGUUAUAUAUAUAUUGGGUUUUGCUAUACUUUUAUAUUUAUACACAUUAUACAUAACUUUAGUUUGGUUGAAUGAUGUUUGUUAUUUAUUUAUUUUAUUAUCGCGUGAUUUGAAAGUGCUUAUUAUGUUUAGUUCGCGGACACGAAUAAAAAAACCACAUUCUUUGAAAGUUGUCACCAUUUUUAUACUGCAUACCUACGUUUAGGGCGCCAUCUUCAAAAGAUGACAUGUAACAAAUUGUAUUUUCUUACGUC